AAAUAAAUAAAUAAUUCACAGAAAUGCUCUACUCUCAUGGAUAUCAAACAAUUGCAGCACAACACAGGUUUAUCCAAAGGUGUGCGACAAUUAUUGGUGGCCUUUUAGUCAAUUUCCUGUUCCUAGUCACCCAGGUGUAUUAAAAUAAUUUUUUAAAAAAUCAAUGGGAAUGUACUUCAGAUAUGUUUUCCUCAUACGAGUUCACGGGGGUGCCGAUAAUUCUUGCACACCAAUAUUUAACAGAGAUUUUUUUUUCGAUAAACCUGUGGCGUGUUUGAAAUCCGCGAGAGCCGAGGGGAUAAAACGACGACGCACCAAAUCGGCGUUCGUGUGGGCGGAGAUAACUCUUGUAACACGACGUUUGUGUGUAUAGACAUUUAUUUUUUUUUUUUUUAACUCUUCGUCUGGACUGAGAUAUUUUCCAAAACGUUGCGUUAAAAUGUAAAAUCCACUUAAAAUAUGCACACGUGUGUUGCAGGGCCCUGGGAAACGUCGGCGGCGAGCCUAAUUUGGCGCGUUUUUGGUUUAGCGCGUCGCGCGCUCGGACGCAGCUGCGGUCGGCCUCCCGACUGCGUCCACUGCACAGACGUUUCGCCGAACACGUGACGCUCGGCACACGGCGAGCACAGACUCCUUAUUGUAGACUGAGAGUGAUAAAGACGUCCAUUGAGGAUGAUCAUGUGACCGAGCCACGAGCCGAGGGGAAGAAUGUCCAAACACGUGCGGGGAGAGACGAGACGGAUUUAGGACGUCAUGCUGUUGACUCACGACAGUGUGAACGAAUCUUUACUUUAUUUCACGCGGUGGAACAGUAUUACUUUUUCGGAUUAAAGCUACGAUCAGUAACGUUUCAAUCAGACUAACACGAAUAUUAGUAAUAUUGUCAUGUUAUGCGGCUUCAGCGACAUUUCUGCUCAGAUCAGGUGUGAAUGCGAGCGAGAUCGUUUGAAGAAUUAAAUUAGCUCAUUAACGUUUCACAUAGAUGACGUAUAUUGCAUUUUUUUUUAAAAAUAACGUUUGACAAGAUUAAAGAAAUUGAUCUAUUUUAUUCGCUAGCAGUUCAUGUAGCUUGCUAACGAUAGAUGAAUUAGCCAGUGGUUAAUGUAAACCGGUUAGCUAGCCUAAAUAAUGACCGCGUCGCGGUCCAUAAACGUUCGCUAGCUAAUGAUGGAGAAAUUAGCUAGUGGUUCAGGUUGGUUAGCUGACUAACCUUGUUAACGUCAGCUUAGCAGUGCAAGUAGUCUAGUGGUUAAUGUUACUUAGCUGGCUAAUCUUGUUAAUGUCUUCUUAGCAGUUAAUGCAAGUUAGCUAGCUAGCUACUGCUAGAUAAAUUAGCUAGUGAUUAAUGUAAACUAGCUAGCUAACCUCCUUACAGCUUCGUAGAAAUGAUCUCUUUGUUAAUCUUAGCUAGCUGGCUAACCUGGUUAUUCUCAGCUCAGGAAUCGCUGUAAAUUGGCUAGCUUAAUAAUGAUGGGGAAAUUAUUUAGUGGUUAAGGUUGGUUAGCUGGCUAAUCUUGUUAAUGUCAGCUUAGCGGUUUAUGUUAUUAUCUAGUGGUUAAUGAUGUUCGGCGUUUUUAACUCGGCGAAUAAAUGAAUGAACUUUAUGAUAAAUGUGAAUCAGACAGCCGGAGUUUGGGAACUGUGUGCCGGUAAACCGCGAGAACAGUGAGAGGAAACGUCCGGUGAAAGCGCAACUUAAUAAUAAGUAAUAAACUUCUUCUUAAUAAGACACAGUCCCAUCUUCCCGUUUUCGAUCGGCUCACAAGACCAAGUGAAAACCACUACCAGAGGCACAUGUGCGUCUUUUCCCCUUCUGUCAAUGUUGUCAUUUGUGUGUUCUUUUCAGACGACGCCCCAUCACCGUAGCAACCGGUUUAAAAAAAGAUCGUACGUAAGGUUUCAGAGAUGUUCGGCACCUCUACUCUAGAAGUUAAUAAGACAAAAAAAAUAUGCAGGUUGUUGAGCGAGAAACUGCGAAAAGACUUUCUCAUGGUGGAAAACUAAUCUCGUUAACGCUAGCUAAUUUAGCUAGCUGGCUGGUUACGUGCUAGUAAACGUCCUCGCAGGUCGAUACGUUGGAUUUCAGCAUCAUCGUCAUUUUCUCGCUAAUUUAUUUACGUGUUACUGAUCCAAAGCCAGCCCUGUCAGACUGUAACGUUACCGUGAAUGUUUAAAAUGGCUAAGGUAGCUAGCUAGCUAGCGACCGUAAUGGUGAGGUUCUCCGAGGAACGUUUCCGUGCACUGCGCUGUGAUUGGUCCGAAGACCAGUGACCCGUUUGAUACAGCAGUACUCGGAAAUACUCAAGUCUUCAGGGCUUUGUUAACGAAUGUAAACAAAACCCCAAACUAUCAAGUCAGACUUGUGAAUGUCCCGAGGAGUUCACCGUUUAAAAAUCACUCUCUGAAGUUUCAGAUUCAAAACACGACAGCUGGAAACAUCUGGCUGGGUGUCCUUAAGGCGUUGCUGGUUCUUUUACGGAGACAACAGUUCAGAGUCGUGGCGCAUUUCCGUCUGUGUUGUUUGUGAACGGAUCCAGCGGCCAUCUUUAUUUUCAUACGUAACCAUCCUGCUUCUGUUCCAGCGGCGAACCAAGCAGCUGUUUUACAUAAUAACCACAACCACUGCUCAGUUCUGGAUUCCGAUUGGUCGUUGAUACGAUGAAGUUUUCUUUAAGGAGACGCUUAUUCAACAUUUAUGUAAGGAGUCUCCAGUGUCGGCGCGUUAUGACAGUCAGUUUUCCGCCACGGGAAAGUCUUUCUAGAGGCGAGUGAAGGAGCGACGGACUUCCACGACAUUGUUUCCUGUGUGGGCGGGGCCUGGCUGGGACCGAGACUGGUCCUGGCCUCUCUGUAUAAAAUGGGAGGCCGGUGAAGGGCUUCAGUCGUGGGGUUUGGAGUCUCCGGUAUGGUGCAUGCUGUGCCGCGGAGGCCGAGAGAAGCUCGAGCAGGCGUGUCGGAGAGGCAGGGGGGCGCUACGACUACCCACAGCCAUGCUCCAGCUCAAACUGCCCCGCCUCUUCAACAUUCACCAGAUCCCAAAGUGUGGACGUCUGCUGGUCAUACCCAGGUGUUUUGGGAGGACAGCAUCAUAUCCGGUUACAGACAUCCUCAAAGCUCCGCCCUGGACUGCGUCCUCAGCAGCUUUCAGAUGACCAAUGAGACGGUGAAUAUCUGGACCCACUUCCUGCCAACAUGGUACUUCCUGUGGCGCUUCUGUGUGCUCUGUUCCACGGUGGACUUCCUGUCCGAGAGCUACACGUGGCCGCUGCUGGUGUACAUGCUGCUGAUCUGCUUGUAUCCGUUCACUUCCAGCUGUGCUCACACCUUCAGCACGAUGUCAUCCGAAGCCCGGCACAUCUGCUACUUCUUCGACUAUGGAGCGCUCAGCCUUUACAGCCUGGGUUGUGCGAUCGCGUACGCCUCCUACGUGAUGCCGGAAUGUUGGGUGAACAGCCAACUUCAUCACCACUUCGUGCUCAUCGCCAUCGCUAACAGCGUCUUCUGCACCAGCAUGUCCUGCUACUCCAGAUUUUUAGAACUGCAGUUCCCACACCGGAGUAAAAUCUUACGGACCGGAGCGUUCGUCAUUCCCUUCAUGUUCGACAACAUCCCGCUUUUCUACAGACUCUUGCUGUGUUUUUGUGGAAGCUGCUCUCACACGGACGCUCUGUCCAGUCACUGCUAUCACCUGCUGUUUGCUUUCCUCACCUGCUUCCUGUUCGCUUCUCACCUGCCCGAGAGACUCGCGCCGGGACGAUUCGACUACAUCGGCCACAGUCACCAGCUGUUCCACAUCUGCGCGGUGGUCGGCACGCACUUCCAGAUGGAGGCCAUCGUAGCGGAUAUGACGUCACGCCGGAGCUCGCUCGCCGCUCACUCGGCCGCGCCGUCCUUCCUGGGAACGCUGGGAGCGCUGGCACUCGGCGUCCUUCUCAACCUGGGCAUCAUCGCCCUGUUCAGCGCCAGUCUGCUGCGCGCCCCGAACCUCGGCUCCGAGAAAGGAGUCGCUACAAACCGCGCGCUGCAUCCGAGCGCUGCCGCGAAAGACGAGUAAAACGCUCAAGCACUUCAGAAAAAUAAGCUCUGAACCUCUGACGCGCUGGCCCAGGGACGACGACGACAAUAAUAAUAAUAAUAAUAAUAAUAAUAAUAAUAAUAAUAAUAAUAAUAAUAGAGAUGCACCGAAAUUUCCUUUCAGUUCAAAUAAUUCAGCCCCCGAUUGUUUUUUUAACAAUUCUUUUUUAUUUCUUAUUUUUUAAAAACCCCACCAAUGUUUUAUUUGAAUUAUUCACGCUUCGUUUUAAUUCAAUUUUAUAAUAAUACGGCGGAGAAGCUCAAAUUGCGAAACCAGGUUUUUGUCUCUGAAGGUAACAAAAAAUUCUGAAGGAAAAAAAAUACUUUUAAUUAUUUAUGAUUAAUUUCGAUGAUAAAAUCAUCUGAAUAAUCAAUUAUCAUUUUUUUUUUAUAUAUAUAAAUUUAAAAACAAAUUAAAAAUAGUCAAAUCAUUUGUUUAAAAAAGUAAAAAAAAAAAAAAAAUUAAAAAAGGCAAAAAUAUUGACUGGAAAAAAAUUGUUUCCGUUUUUUUUUUACGAUGGAGUCAAACGCACACAACGAUGAACGAGUUACAGAUUGCUUCAAAGGUAAAAAUGUUAAUAUGAUUUAAAACAGAUUUAAUCUAUCCGUGCACUAGUGAGCUGUUCAGUGUCGCGAGAUGUGGAGGAGUCUUCCACAAUUAGUUUAUUUUUAAUCACCUUAAAGCCCCGCCCAAAAUAAAUAAUAAUAAUAAUAAUAAACUGGGCUUUGGGGAGGUUGUUGUCGUUUCAGACGCACACCGGUGGAUAACGCACGUGCAGUGUACGGUUUAUGAUUCGCCGUUUAUUACUGUUUAGUCUGAUUUUGCGUUUUGGGGGCGGGGUUUGGCUUCUGUCCAUGUUUCUAACUCGACAAAAUACAAAAAAGUUUCCAAAAUGGUUUUUCUUCUAGAUUUCUAUUCAAAAAUUAACGCCACUUCUUAAAAACGCGAUCGUUCAAAAUCAGAAAAAAAUAAAAUAAAAUCAUCUUAUGGACUUCACAUGCAUCAUAAUCACAGGGAGUCUUUGUGCGUUUUUAAAAAAAAAAUUUUUAAACGUUGUUAAUGGCUCAAAUUUCCUGUACAGGAAGUACGUAAAGACGGCCACGCCCGGGAUCCAGACUUCCCCCGCUGACCCAGAUCUCUUCCAAUAAAUGAUCGGCCUGUCCGAUAUGACCAGCGGCGGUUUCGCAGAUUUAUUCUCCUAUAUUUAUUGAAGGUUUAUAUCUACUUAAAACUCAAAAGAUGGGAAAGAUUUGCAGUUUGAAUACGAAAUUUUAACAUCGAUAUAUUUUUAAUAAAAAAAAUUAUUUAUAUAUAUAUAUAUAUAUAUAUAAAAAAAAAAAAGUAAGACGAUAUCUGUGAUAUCUCAGAGAAGCGUAUUUUCAUUUCUCAGGAUAUUAUACUGUAAUAUCGCCCGGCCUUAAAGUUUUACAUCUGAGCGUUUAUAAAAAAGCUUCAUUUAAUACAAUUAUUUACGAAUCGGUACGAGAAAACCAAUGACUGAAAAAUGAGCCGUGAAUUUGUGAAUUUUCGGGUCGGUGCAUCGCUAUUUUAAACUGUUCCCAGACAGUUUAGCACUUACAUCUUUGAUCUACUUUACAGUUCGCUUCAGUCCUUUAUCCUUCUGUACUUCUGUGUUUCAGCUGAUGACCCUGAUUACACAACCUUUCUGUGAGAGAUUUCUGUGUGGUAUGAAACAAGCUAAAUAUAUAUAGAUAUAUAGAGAUGUAUAUCUUAUAUAUGUUUGUUUGUUUUUUCUUUAAGAAAGCCACUUCAGAAAGGGGCGGGGCUUAAAUGAAGCGAAUACUGAAUUUUCUACGUUGCGUUUUAACACAAGUGCCUUCUUGGGAUUUUUAUGUACAAGAUAUUACGAUGUCACUAAUUUAUGCAUUUUUUUUUCGUUGUUAUUAUUAUUAUUAUUUUUUUACAGUUUAUAGAGUUCCGAUUACAGUGUAAAUAUUUAUUAUCUAGGAAUCUAUUCGAGUGUUCUAUAAUCAAACCAGCUAAUCCGAGUGAAAGCCUUUUUCAUGCUACUGUCGAGUAAGAGCACUGAUUCGUAUUCAGAAAAGAUUCUAUAUAGCGACACGUCUGCGCGCGUUUACGUUAGAGCGACGCGGAAAUCCUCGUAAAUCUCGUUGCGGCCAUCUUGUUGACGCUUACGGGUGAAUUUUUUUUGCUUCCAGUCGUAGGAGAAGACCGUUCGGCGAUCAUAUCUACACGAACAAACCUGAAACGCAUCAGAGGACACCAGACACCGGUUUCCGAAGUGUGGCUGUUAAAAUCCGAUUCAAGUGGCGUAAAUGAAUCGGAUCGGAUUUCUCGGCGUUUUUACGCUAACCUCUUACCCGACAAAUUGGACGAUCGGAUGUUUUUACUGAAGGGGCGGGGCUUAUGUAAUUCAGCCGCCAUUUUGAGUGAGGGUUUUGUUUUGUUUUGUUUGUUUGAAGGCGAUCGCCUUCAAAUGACAUGACAUCACAACCGUGUAAUGGCGCUCGAAAGUCAUGGCACCUCACUGCGCAUAUCCAGAUUUUUUGGUAACAUUUUCAAUAAAGCUCAAAUAAUAAUCAAACAAACAAACAAUAAGAGUAAUGCUAGUCCAGUCCUGAAGCGUGUUGUAGCUCUGCCCUCAUCCUCAGUUUCGGGCACGUCACCACGACAACAUUCCGCUUCGUUCGCGUUAGCAGCUUCUGCGUCCUCAUCGGGAUCGAAGCGUCAUUAUACAGAACGUUUCUAAAGUCAAACGCCUUCCAGGUACGCUCCUGUGACCCUGAAGGGUUUCCAGAACGCUCGCAUUUCGUUAGUGUCCGCGAUUAAGUCCGUUAGCGCUCGUUAACGCUGUACACGUGUGCUGUUCUAACCCGGUCCAGCGAGCGGCAGGCUUCGCUACGAGUUGGAAAGGGAUUCUGGGAUCAUGAAGGAAUGCAAUAGUAAGUGCUGAGAUGGUUAUGUAUGGGGUCGGGUUUGUUUGUUUGUUUGUUUGUUUGUUUGUUUGUUUGUUUGUUUUGGAUCUACAGUACAGCAGAAAUCCUUCGCAGUGAUAUUUGUGUUUAAAUUUGAUUUAUAUCUGAAACAUGAAAAAAUAAUCGAUGGUACAGCGUUCAAAUGCGACGGAAUUUCUCCGCCGCACAGCGCGUUUCAAAUUCUCUUCAUGACAUGAAGUAUUCACGUUUAUAUCUGUUCAUUAGCUUGUUUUUUUACUUUUAUUUUUUAUGAUUUUAGGAUUUGAUUUUAUUCAGGAGCGAUCUUGUUUCUUAUCGAUUUAUAGUUUAUUAUAUCUUAUCUUUCAUAUUAUCAUCCGAUUUGAUUGUUUUUCUUUUAUUGUCUUACGAAGCGACAUGAUUUUAUAUAUGAAACAUUUAAUAUAUAUUAUUCAUUCAAAUUAAAUUAUUCAUUGUUACAUCCAAAAACUCAAGCAAGCACAUAUUCAGGUUUUUUUUCUUUUCUUUUCUUUUCUUUUCUUUUCUUUUCUUUUCUUUCUUCUUGGAUUGUUUUUUUCGUUAUUUCAGCAGUCAGGAAAUGACUCGGUUGUGAAUCUGAAAUGCUUCGCGUCGUUCCACCCAAUUGAUCCGAAAAGUCGAUUUAAACACGUUUGCACGUACACGUUUGUGGUUCUGUUUGAUGGGGUUUCUGCUGAGGGGCGGGGUCAGGGCCAGGCGGGGGCGGUGCUGUAGGGGAUUCCCGUGUUGCGGUGUAGUCAUGUUUCGAGACUUUAGGUCGCCGCGUGUACGUCGAAAAACGUCAACGUCUGCCUUCGAUACGUUCGAUAAGAUGUCAGGAUAUUUAUUUCAUACGGAAAUGGACUUCUCUGGACCGGGCACAUGUUUAAGACCUUGUAGUUGGACAGCAGGAAGGUUAAAGGGGAAAAAGGCAGGUUUUUAUUUCCAAACUGUUUUCUUUUCUGAUUCUUUUUUUAUUAAAUGGAGUUUAGAUUAGAUGAGAUCAGAUUCCUAUCAUUCUCACCGCAGAAUAAUGUCAGUGUGUUGAUUACGAUAACACGGCACUUUGCUCGAGCACUGAUUGAUUAAUUCUCCCUUUUUACACUCGACAAUAAACUAUUUUUUACAACUUG